CACAAUUUCACACCAAUGAGCAUGCCGCAUGUAGCUCCCACUCGCUGGCAUCAGAAACACUAGAUAUCUUCAGUCCAGAGCCGUGCAAUUUCAAACAAAUACACACCAGCUUUGGCUAGACGGAGGCUGCGUCCUGCCAAAACGCACGUUGGGGCUAGUCAGUGCUAAAAACGAAGGGGAGACAGAGUCCAGCAGCUCUCUCACUCACACCGGACACAAGCAGCAUUUGCACAAUGAAGACCAGACUGGGCUGCUUGUCCAACAAAUCUGACUCCUGCAGUGACUUCUCCGAGUUUCUGUCUCCUGCCCACGAGACCACAACCAGGUGUCUGAAGGUUUCAACGGAUGAAGUUGUCCGAUGGUCUGAAUCGUUUGAUCAUCUCCUCUCUCACAAAUACGGGCUGGCUGCCUUCCGGACAUUUCUCAAGACGGAGUUCAGCGAUGAGAACAUCGAGUUUUGGAUGGCCUGUGAAGACUACAAGAAAAUCAAGAGCUCCACCAAGCUUGUGUCCAAGGCGAACAAGAUCUUUAAGGAGUUCAUCGAUGUCCAGGCACCAAGAGAGAUAAACAUUGACUACCGCACCCGGGAGAAGACCAAGCAGAGCCUGGCAGAUCCCACCCCGACCAGCCUCAAUGAGGCCCAAGCUAAAAUCUACAGCCUCAUGGAAAAAGACUCCUACCCUCGAUUUCUCAGGUCGAAGAUGUACCAAGAUAUAAUCAACAGGGCACAAAUGCAAGGUCAGCGGAGGUCUGUUUGACUGGAAACCAAGAUCGCAGAGGAACAAAGACUGGACCUACACUGUAGAUCAUUCAUUAACCCUUUGACAUGUCUUAAUACUGUGAAUCUACAAGGAUGCGGUGACCUGCUUGACUGUUUCCUUUGUCAACACCAGCUCCAUGCAUGCACUCCCUCUAGAUUAAACACAUCUCUGUGGACCACUCUGUACAGAGAGGAGAGUAGAUGAGGAUAAGCUAAUUG